UUUGGUUACCAUUUUGGCUCUGUACCGAAUUAAAGGGUCCAUUUUUAGGUCUUACAGGGAUCCAAAAUGAACGGCCAUGCAAAUACGGUUUCACCAACAAGGCGCUAGUUGCUAGGAUGCGAUGGACUUUGUUACUGUUGCGACCCCUAUCUGACGCAUUUGCCUUGCAUGCAUGCUCCCUUGAAUGGAUAACCUACUUCUGAGCGUAGAAGGUGGAAUGCUGUCAUUUGCAUGAACGAAAAGUAGGCUGUUAGGCUAAUAUAUGGCAACCACUGGCAGAAUACAAUACGUGAAAAGACCUCUGCGUCUCGUUUGAUCUGCUUAACCAUGGCGUCUGAAUGCACCCAAGAGGCUGUUUUGCGUUACCUAAUUGAAAAAGGAGGGAGAGUAAAAAAUAGAGAACUGAUUGACCACUUCAAAGUAAUUGUUUCCGUUGAUCCGACGACAAAAACGACGUUCAAGGAGACAUUAAAACGUUUUGUGGAUAAUGUCGCUUUUGUCAAGCAAGAAAAUGGAGAGAAAUUCGUCUGCUUGAAGAAGAAAUACAGAGAUGGGGGGAUGCAAACAGUCGUGAGAGAUGAUGGAGAAUGCAAUGGAAAUGGUUUCCCUGCUGAUGCGAUUUGUCCAUCCAAGCGGAAUGAAAGCAGUCACAUCAAUGGGGCUAUACAUGACCUGGACAACGGUAAUGAACCCUCGCCAUUGGGGGAACUCUCUGAAAUUUGUGUACAGAAUAGAACGUCGAAUUUGAAUAUGGCUUUAGGUCUGUCCUCUACGGAAAACGAGGGUCGUUUGAGCUCGACUGUCAACGACGUUGCUGAGCAAAAACUAUCUGACAUUCAUUUUGAAACAAGUGAUAAAGUGUCGGGUGCAGAAGACGAAAAAACAGAGGACAUGUCACACAUCCCUUUAAAUGAAGGUAAACGUUUAAUUACGCACGACUCCACAACAUCAGAAAAUGUGAAAUUAGAUAUGACUGCAAAUGUAAGACCUGCCUCUGUAUUUGAACUAACUGUCACUGAAUUGGAAAAUGGAACAACUGAGGAGACAGCUGCCAUUCGUGAAGUUCAGUCAUCCCCUAACCCUGACACCGCUAACGAAAUUGAUGGUGAACCUGCUGUUAUCAAAGGACCGACAGUUUCCGUAGUUAAUCGCCGUCGGACCUCAAGAGGCUCUCAACGUAGUUUGCUUGCGCUUUCAGAAGAUGGGAUGAACGAGAGUGUGUUUGAUUUGAUGAAUACCGGUGAUAGUAACACCCCAAAAAGCAGCAGAAAGAACUUUAUUGAACUGAUGAUGAGCAGCUCACCCCAAGUCCGGCGCACCCUUGUUCACAGAAACUCACAAAGUAACCUUGUGGCGAGGAAUAGGGAGUCAAUAAGAAGUGAGGGGGACACAGCCUCCCUGCUUUCCUCAACAGAUGAGGAUUGCACGGCAGUGAUGCUUGACCCUCUGGAACAUGAGUGGAUGAUGUGUGCAUCUGAUGGACAGUGGGAGAGCCUUCAACAGCUCCUGGCCUGUGAUCCAAAUCUGGUUACAAAGAGAGACUUUGUGACAGGAUUCACUUGUCUGCACUGGGCAGCAAAGCAAGGCAAACAAGAGCUCCUUGCCAAGCUGGUCAGUUUCGCAAAAGAGCAUGACAUUCCAGUCAAUAUUAACGCACGCUCCAGUGCGGGGUACACUCCCCUGCACCUUGCAGCCAUGCACAGUCACGUCGAAGCGAUGAAGUUGCUUGUGGGUGCCUUUGAUGCCGAUGUUGAGGUGAGAGAUUACAGUGGCAAAAAAGCCUCCCAGUACCUCAGCAGCGGCGUGGCAGGACACGUCAAAGACAUUAUCGGGGUGUCCGGUGACUCGGACGUGGAGAACGCAGAGAGUGGCGCGGGCCGCUGGAGGCUGCCCAAAGUUCCGUCCAACUUGAACCCGCUCAGGCUGCUCAAUCACCCCGACGAUGCACAGGGCGAGAACGCGGCCGCAGCGAAGCCCAGAUCUCUCUACAGGAAAUCCUCCAUAGGCAGGAUCAAGCUGAACAGAAGCCGCUUCAAGACCCAGAUCGUGCACAGCACGUCAUUCAGAGAAACAGAUGAAGGAGAGGGGUCCCUGAAGAGCCCAGUGAAAACCAGACCUGUGUCAAACCUCUUUGGAUGAUCAGACACACCCCAGCCUGGCGGUUCCUCAAUGCCUUAACAUGAAUGGCAUGCGCUCAAUUGUUGGAUUAGAUUAGUGGAAAUCCUAUACUCAUUUUAACCUAGUAUGUCACACAAUGUUGUAUUGUUCCCAAAUGAACCCCAUUGGUCUCCUGAUGCACAAGAAUAGUUAUCCAGAUUCAUCCAAACUUAGUAAAUGUGUGAUCAAUGCCAUGUGAUGCAUUUCAAGGAACAGUUGAAGAGUAAAAGGCUGCACUUGCCACUUUUUUAUGAACUUGUGAUUGAGCCAAGUAAUUAAUGUUAUGUGAAGACAUUCAUCCCAUUUGAUAAUCAUUUACAUAGGUUCAGUCUUACCCACUAUGCAGUAUCCACUUUGAAUUUUGCACUACUUCUUUUGCUGUGGUUUUUGUACAACUGUAAAAACAGUUUUCUGGCAUGCAAUGUAUGCACGAGUCUAUACGCUAUCCAUUGAAUGGAGCGCAUUUAAAGCUGUUUGUUUGGAAUCCCUUGCAUUUAACUCGAAUGUCCCUGCAUAAUUGUGUCGAUGUUAAAACAAGAGAUGAUGAGGUCUCUGUACUCAGAUCAGUGUUCUGAUGAGUUGCAGCACUUGGUGUGGCUGAGUCCGAUCCUUGAUUGGCAGGCUCUGUUACUACUGCUGCUGGUGAAGACAGCCAGCAGUACCAGUAGGUGCCGCGUUGGUCCCCUGCUGUGUCCUCUCCUCUCUACCCUCCGCUUCUCUCCUCCCCGCCUCUCUCUGUGGGUUUACAGUAACCAGAUUGUUAAGUUCAUUUUGGACAUUUUCCAAACUGUUACAAAGUUGUACUGGACAGACACAAACCCGGUUUGGUAGAAAACCUCUUUCAUGCUGAUUUAUGCUGCUAUUUCUUGUCUGUAAAAGUCAAAUGUUUUUUUCCUACAGAUUCUAAUCAAGCAAUAGUCUUUAUGAUAAUCCUUUAUUUGUGGUGAUUUGUACAUAGCCAGUUUUAGAAGAUAUUGACCUUCAGUUGUUGUACCUGUUGGUGGAAACUGGUGAUAGACCUUGCCUGAUCUGUGUGACAAAUGAAGCCAUUUUGCCUGACCUCAAAUCCAUUCCCUUUAUUUUAUGGAAUAAAUAAAUAAAUAUAAUGUGAAACUC